AUGGAAAGAAAGAAAGUUUAUGCUAAAAAACAAAGGGCUAAUGAAACUGUUGAUGCCAAAAGAUUUUGCCUAGAAAACAUGACUGCAUAUAGAAGAUCACAUAAUAUUUCUCAAUCUAAAUAUCUGAGUGAAUUUGAUUCCAUGAAAAAUGGUCCUUUGCAUGACCAAAGCUGGGCAAAAUGUAACAUGCAACAAUUUCAUAAAUCUGUGCAGUAUUCAAUUUUUCAGUGUACAGUUUGCAAAGAGGCAUGGCCAAUUACCAGUAAACCAAAAUAUGGUAGCUAU